AUGAGAUUGUACCAAAUCGCUGCUCUCGUCGCACCAGCGCAAGCUGCGCUCCGCUUCGGCUGCUCAACACUGAGCAUUCAGCGCCUCGACCCGCUCGUCGAGCCUGGAAAGCUGCCAUCUGCUCACGUCCAUCAGAUCGUGGGCGGCAAUGCGUUCAACGCAACCAUGAACAAGGAUCCGAGCACUCUGGCUACCUGCACGACUUGCACGUUCUCCGAGGACUUCAGCAACUACUGGACUGCUGCUAUGUUCUUCAAACACCAGAAUGGAUCGUACAAGCGCGUGCCUAUUAUGCAGAACGCUGCUCUUCCUAACGGGAUUAACGGAGGCAUGACCAUCUACUACACACAGCAAGACUUCAACUCCAACGGCAACCAGAAGAUCACUGCGUUCCCCAAGGGGUUCCGAAUGACAGUUGGAUCGCCCGUCACAGAUUCGCUCGAUGCUGCAAAGAAGCACAUCGGCCUACGUUUCGUCUGUCUGUCCGACAAGAACACGCGUUUCCCCGAGCUCCCCGACUUCCCGCCCAAAUCCUGCAAAGGAGGCAUCAUGACUGUGCAUCACUUCCCCAGCUGCUGGAACGGCAAAGACGUCGACUCGCCCAACCACCAAGACCACAUGUACAACACGCAAAACGAGGCCUUUACGAACGCCAAACCCUGUCCGGCUUCGCAUCCCGUCCGCAUGCCGCAAGUCGCGUAUGAGACGCUCUGGGAUACCACGCAGUUCAACAACAUGUGGCCGAAGGACGGCUCCAACCCCUUCUUCCUAUCGUACAACGACAACAAGGGAUACGGCACGCAUGCGGACUAUCUCUUUGGCUGGAAGGACGAUUCGUUGCAGAAGGCGAUGAAUGACAAGUGCAUGUUCCAGGCGUGCGAGAAUGGGAAGCCGCUGAAGAGUCAGGCGGUCAAUGCUAUGAACGCGUGCCAGGUGAAGAGUGCGGUGAAUGAGAAUAUCGAUGGAUGGCUGCAGCAGAUGCCCGGUCAGGGUAUGCCUAUGUAA